AUGACAAAAAAAUCACCUGUCAAAUUAUUGAUUACCGUGAUCUCCAUUGCAUGUGGAGUUAAUGCAGCCGUCACAAACUUCUACAAGCCUCCUCCAUCAGGAGACUCUGUAUUCGAUCUUGAAGUGAUGCCAAAGCCUUGGAUUCUAGAAGAUCCACCAUGUAUUCCUAUGAUUGAGGGACACGACAUUUGUGCUGGGGACUAUGUUAACUUUUUCGCUGAGAGGGAUGGUGAAAAAUUGUAUGGGGAAGUUCAAAAGUGUUUUGAUAAUGACUACAACGAUUGCUACAAUCAAGUUCGUGCUGUGCGAGAUCCUGCGAAGAUUGAGGACUCAAUGAUGUUUCAGAUCUUUCCUAUUGGAAUGAAUGACUUACCGCCGGUACCCCAAUCUCCCGUGUUCUGGUAUAGUGGAAACUCGUACUUUGUCUUGUUGCGAGACAAGACUGGAAAGUGGUUGCAAACUGGUCCUCAAACCGUCUCUCCAUUCAAGAAAGCCAAAGAUCAGUACUUCAACUACAUGGGAGCCUACAAGUACCAGUCAGCAGCUUUCCCAACUGCUGAAAAGUUCAUAUUAGUCAAGCCAGACUUGAUGCUAGAUGCCUUCUACUUGCUUCGUACUGAUGGCAGUCUCUUCUGGCAAUUUGGAGAUGACACGGUUGGAGAGCUUUUCCUGUUUGAUAGACCAUACAUGCCAACCAGUGACAAGAUCAAUAUGGCCCUCUUGCAUUUCACUUCUUUAUCAGUCCCAAAACCAAAUUACGAGGAAAGCUUCACUGAUUACUACCUCGAUGUCACAUCCGGACGACGUGAACUCAAAACACCUGAAGUCGUCAUGUCUGCAUAUGCUGAAAAUCAGUCUGCAGAGAAACAAACUGUCUCACUAACUUGGUCAAGAACCAUUACUGAUUCUGCUACGUGGACAACUGCUCGGGACAAGCUAGUUGGAGGUGGUCUUGAGUUCAAGAUGGGAGUUCCUGGUUUACAGUCAGCCACUGCAGGCAUUGGCGCCAAACAUGAAAGAAAAUGGACGUAUGGUAAUGGAAAUGGACAUACAAAUGCUACAGCCAUGACUGUUGCCAACCAAGUCGCUGUACCUCCAUUCUCGGCCGUCAGUGCUUGGGUCACUGCUCAACAAGGAAUCCUAGAUGGCGUAAGCUUCAAAAUUUCUUACAAUCGCCGCUUCUCAGGAGACUUUGCAGCUAAGUUCGAAAUGAAUGGUACUUGGUCAGUCAUUCAGUACUUUGAUGUCAAGGUCUGCUGGGGACAAGCACCAAUGAUUGAAGGCGGUGAUCAUUCAGUCAAGGCUGGAAGCAUUACUGCCGUCACAUGCGCCAAGCCUGAAAUGGUCGAAACGAUUAAAGAAUAA